CUGUCAAACACAGACAUGGAGCAUCUUCUCCUUCUCCUGGCUGUACUUCCAGCUACAGCUGCUCCCAGACUGUCAGUCACAAGUCACAUUAUCACAGGGAUUGAAGGAGGAUCAGUCAGUGUCCAGUGUCACUAUGACCGGUACUUGAACACUAAUGUGAAAUACUGGUGCAGUGGGAAAGUGUGGAGCUCCUGUAAGAUUAUUCAAAGAUCCACUGUGAAGCAGAGGGAUGAAGAUAAAAUAUCAAUCAGCGAUGAUCGAACACGGGGAGUAUUCACUGUGACUGUGAGGAGACUGGAGAAGAAGGAUGCAGGCUGGUACUGGUGUGGUAUUCAGAGAGCAGUGACUGAUGAAGGAAUCCAGCUGAACCUUAGCAUUGAUGAGGCAUCGAGAUCCACAACAAUAACCCACCAAGCAACCACUGAGCAAACUUCAACAAGCGACCCAACCAGCACAGAAACGCAACACCCUGAAUCAACAUCGCCCCCUGCUGGCACAAGUGAAAACAACCAAGGCUCACAACAUCUGUUGACAGCUUUGAUUGUGACAUGUGGAAUUCUUCUUCUCCUCCUCCUGAUCCCGGUUGUCAUUUACACAAGAAAGAUCAAUAAGAAGAGAUCGCCCUCAGGAGAGCAGGAGGGGGGGGUGUUGUACACCACAGUGUCGUUUCAGAAGGGAAGGGCCCCCCAAGGAGGAGACAGGCUUCCCUGUGACUCUGAGGAUGGUGUUACAUAUGCCUCCUUGACACUGCACGAGAGGAGUCCACGCCAGGAAGACCCUGCAACACUGAUCCACAAUUCCCUGUGACUCUGAGGAUGGUGUUACAUACGCCGCCUUGACAAUGCAGGAGUGGAGUCCACGCCAGGGAGACCCUGCAACACUGAUCCACAAUUCUCUUGUCUAGCCACAUUCCAAACAGGGGAUCGCUUCAUCUGUUCAACACUUUUUCUAUUAGACCUUUGCUGAUAUUUCCUGACCUGUAAAAAGAUGUAUGAUGGGAGGGCACAGUGCAUUCAUUUGCUAUUGAUUUCUCAUUAUGUUUUGUUCACGGUUCGUCUCAUGCUUUGUAUUAUUACACAUAAUUUGUAGUGUGUGUAAUAUCCAGUUGCAGAUUGGAUUGUAGACUGCUGAUAAAACUGGUGGCAGAUCUAGUUUGAUAUACACACUGCACAAGAUAAUAAGAGAUACCCUACACACAACACAUCAACUUAGAUAUGAACCUGUGGGUCAGGUGUAUAAUAUACCUCCUGCAGCAAAUAAAACAUUCUGAUUCAGUAUCUAUCUCUCUCUCAUAUAUACAGUA